GAUUUGACGGCAUUUCGCCACCUAAUUUCAAGACCAAGUUUGCUAAACGUUUAGGUGACGAUGACUCGUAGUGCGUUGGUCGUGAUCGCUGUGGUGCUACUGGUAGCUGAUUUCUCAAAUGGAGUAAUUCAUAUGCCUAUGCCUAUGCCCACGAAUCGUGUAUUUAGUUACCGCCUGAAAAGUGAACGUUCCGGCCGUGACGCCGUCAUCCAUGAUCUACUGCGGCAAGUGCUAACAGAUCGUCUGACCCAAGAAGACGCUGUGAAGGAAAGUACCGGACAGAAGAUGCCAGUCGCCUAUGACAUCGUUAAAAAUAGUUUAAAGGCUCAAAUGGACGCUGAAGAUAGUAGGAAGAGUCGGGGUAAUAUUAAGCCUGUUGCUCAUGGUAUCGUCAAGCAAGCGUUAAAAGAUGGGCUUAAUAGCGAACACGAUAAUAAUAGCGAAAACAACGCUAUUCAUCAUGCUGUAAGGCAGGCGAUAGUAAGCGGCCUCAUCGUUGAACACAAUCCACGCAGUGGUACCUACAUGAUCCACGAUGCUGUGCGCAAGACAGUAAAAACUCGACUGGGCGACGACCACAAUAAAAAUAAUGCUGUCGACAGUGCCCUUGUCGAUCAACUAGUGCCGAAGACUGGGCGCGGGAAGAUUCAUGACCUGUUGCGCCAGUUGUUGAAGGCACGCAUGGAAGAAGAAGACAUUUCUGGAAAGACUGAUGGAGUUAUCCACAAACGCGCGCAACAAGUGAUGAAAGGUUAUCUAGAAGAAGAAGAUAGAUCAACGGGCUAGGGCAUGACGACAGUAGAUCAAGAUAGCAACGCACCGCCGCAACGAGGCCACCAUAAACAACGAAAUGCUUGCAAUUAAACAUCCUUUUAUUCUGAACUA